AUGUAUCGGAAGUUGUCUAAGUUAGAACACUCGGAAAUAAAACAACUUCUUACAGAAGCUAACAUAGAUGUUGCAAAACAUUACGCGACAAACAAAAAAGCACUCGCCGACUUCAUUAAAGACUAUAAUGGUGCAAUAAGUUAUGAUAGAAUUCAUGAGUUCAUAAAGCCGCAACGCGGCGAGGACGAAGUCCAUGCAAGAGCAUUUCCUUUAAAUGACGUUGCUAUUGACUUAUAUCAUAGACGUUCAAUACCUCAUGAAGUAAGGCGUGAGAUGUUUGACAUAACAAAUGCGAACGUUGGUGAAACACGAAAGAGAGACGACACACUGAAACAACAGAGAAGAGAGAUGUUUAAAAGUGCUAUAGAACAAGUUCGCAAAGCUAAUAAUGUCAUUCGUUCCAUUGACGACAAACCAAAAGAAGGUGAGAGAUGGUUAAAGAAAGAUGAAGAGAAUAGGAAGAGAAAUGUGAAGUCAGGCAAUAGACUCAUUGACUUUAACAUCGAAGCUUUAGAUGAACCAAACAGAGACUACUUACACAAACAUUUCGGUAAGGUUUUCAUGAGACUCUUAGAGAAGAUUAAAAUAAACUCCCAACAAAGAUGGAUGGUAUGUUAUAAACUUGGUGGAAAGUAUGAAUGUUCUACGUUAAACCUCAAUAAUAUUGGAACAUUACUACAUCAGCUCUUGAAGGAGAACUUUAUAUCAGAGAUAGAAGCAAAUGCCGCAGGUAUUGUUGAAAUGCACUAUGACUUCUUCUUGACAAACAUAAAGAAUCUUACUGAAAUAAAGAUGUAUGAUUUAACAGAAUAUGAAGGCUUAACGAUGUCAGAUGUUAAGAAAGGAAAGCCACAGAAGCGACCAUAUAGAGAUGAA